UCGAGGCUGUCAGCUGAAAGUCUUUUGUUAGACCUCCUCGCUCCUCUUCACCGACAGACGACAACAAGAACGCCGAACAUGAAGUCUGUCACUUAACACGGAGCUUUCAGGCGUUUUCGCAGGCACUACUGCUGCUGUGGAGGGUAGAUAACCCCCAGGUAACAGGACCCUAAGGGGGACACACUGGCCAGGUGUUGAGGAUGACGAAGGUGCCGAGGAAGAGGAGUAGCACCAGCGGUGGUGGGGGUCAGCCAGAGCCCUCAGACCCUCAGUCUGGUGAGGGGAAGGAUGCAGGAGACUCCGGGGUGGCUCUGAAGAAACAGAUCGGCUUAGUCAGCGCCUGUGGAAUUAUAAUCGGCAACAUCAUUGGAUCGGGGAUUUUUGUGAGUCCAAAGGGGGUCCUGGGGAAUGCCAGCUCAGUGGGUGUAGCCAUCAUUGUCUGGGUAACUACAGGAGCUAUCACAGCCAUUGGAGCCCUCUGCUAUGCAGAGUUGGGCGUCACUAUCCCAAAGUCAGGAGGAGACUACUCGUAUGUGAAGGACAUCUUUGGAGGUCUGGCUGGAUUUCUGCGGCUGUGGAUUGCACUGUUGGUUAUCUACCCGACUAACCAGGCUGUGAUCGCUCUCACCUUCUCCAACUACAUCUUGCAGCCCCUCUUCCCCUCCUGCCUCCCCCCUGAGAGCAGCCUGCGCCUGCUGGCUGCUGUCUGCCUGCUGCUGCUGACGUGGGUGAACUGCUACAGUGUGCGUUGGGCGACAUGUGUCCAAGAUGUUUUCACUGCAGGAAAGCUUUUAGCCCUGGGCCUUAUCAUCAUCAUGGGUGUCGUCCAAAUAUGCAAGGGCCACUAUUACUGGUUGGAGCCCGUCCACGCCUUUGAGACCUUCAGGGACUAUGAAGUUGGUCUGAUCGCUCUGUCUUUCCUACAAGGCUCCUUCGCUUAUGGGGGCUGGAACUUCCUCAACUACGUCACAGAGGAGUUGGUUGAUCCUUACAGGAAUUUACCUCGUGCGAUCUUCAUCUCCAUCCCUGUGGUCACCUUUGUUUAUGUGUUUGCCAACGUGGCCUAUGUCACCGCCAUGAGCCCACAGGAGCUCCUGGCCUCCAAUGCUGUGGCAGUGACAUUUGGAGAGAAAUUGCUAGGAGUAAUGUCAUGGAUCAUGCCCAUCUCUGUGGCUCUCUCUACGUUCGGGGGGGUCAAUGGCUCCCUCUUCACGUCAUCGCGGCUGUUUUUUGCCGGGGCGAGGGAAGGUCAUCUCCCACGUCUGUUGGCUAUGAUUCAUGUUAAGCGCUGCACUCCCAUCCCAGCCUUACUGUUUACUUUGAUCUCCACUCUCCUGAUGUUGUGCACCAGUGACAUUUACACCCUCAUAAACUAUGUGGGUUUCAUCAACUACCUCUUCUACGGCGUCACUGUCGCUGGGCAGAUUGUGCUGCGCAUCAAAGAGCCCAACAUGUAUCGACCAAUCAAGGUGAGCCUGGUUUGGCCAGUGAUCUACCUGCUGUUCUGGGCCUUCCUGCUCAUCUUUUCUCUCUACUCCGAGCCUGUUGUCUGUGGUAUCGGUCUGGCUAUCAUGAUGACCGGCGUCCCUGUUUAUUAUCUGGGAGUCUACUGGGAAAAAAAGCCACAGUGUUUUGAUGUCACUCUUGGUAAAAUGACUCAUCUGUGCCAAAAGCUCUGCUCAGUGGUCUACCCAGUCAUGGAGGAGAACCAGGAGCCUACGUCACAUCCAAAGGUGGACAGAGAUGGAGAAGAGGGGAAAAAUCCUGAUUGAACAUGUGCAACAAGGCUAACAGAGGAGUAGAAAAGACAGGCAUUGACUCAGACAUUCACUGCUCAUCACUAUUAGACUUAUGGCCUUUGUCCCAAAUGCAUUUUUACAGCGUCAAGUCUGGGGGAGGGGGUAGUAUCACUGGACUGUUACAAUAUUUCCCACUUGUUUAUCUGCACUGUUUGAGUCUUGAUGGCAGUUGGUAUUUUAAAUGUCCAUGUUGUUAUAUUGUUCAAGCUGUUUAUAAUAUUACCUCACUAUAAUAACACUAAAAUGAUUUCUGUUCUGA